CAGAGCGGCGCGCGGCGUGCAGAGCCGGCGAGGCGGGCGCGCGUCCCGGGCAGCCCCACGCCCCUGCCUCGCGCUGUCCGCGCCAUGAAGCACAUCCCGGUUCUCGAGGACGGGCCGUGGAAGACCGUGUGCGUGAAGGAGCUGAACGGCCUCAAGAAGCUCAAGCGGAAAGGCAAGGAGCCGGCGCGGCGCGCGAAUGGCUAUAAAACUUUCCGAUUGGACUUGGAAGCGCCCGAGCCCGGCGCCGCCGCCACCAACGGGCUGCGGGACAGGACCCAACGGCUGCAGCCGGUCCCGGUCCCAGUGCCAGCCCCAGUGGCGCCGGCCGUACCCCAAAGUGGGGGCGCGGAGACAGCCGGGGAGCGCGGGAGCUCCCGAGCGCCCGAAGUCUUGGAUGCGCGGAAACGCGGCUUCGCCCUGGGCGCAAUGGGGCCGGGACUCCCCACGCAGCCGCCGCCGCCGCCGCCUCCAGCGCCCCAGGGCCAGGCACCCGCGGGCUCCGAGGCACAGCCUUUCCGGGAGCCCAGCCUGCGUCCCCGCAUCUUACUGUGCGCUCCGCCUGCGCGCCCCGCGCCCCCAGCGCCCCCUGAGCCCGCAGUGCGCCCCGCGCCCCCCACACGCCCCGGGGAAAGUUCCUACUCUUCAAUUUCACACGUAAUUUACAAUAACCACCCGGAUUCCUCCGCGUCGCCUAGGAAACGGCCAGGCGAAGCGACUGCUGCCUCCUCGGAGAUCAAAGCCCUACAGCAGACCCGGAGGCUCCUGGCGAACGCCAGGGAGCGGACGCGGGUGCACACCAUCAGCGCAGCCUUCGAGGCGCUCAGGAAACAGGUGCCGUGCUACUCAUAUGGGCAGAAGCUGUCCAAACUGGCCAUCCUGAGGAUCGCCUGCAACUACAUCCUGUCUCUGGCGCGGCUGGCCGACCUCGACUACAGCGCCGACCACAGCAACCUCAGCUUCUCCGAGUGUGUGCAGCGCUGCACCCGCACCCUGCAGGCCGAGGGACGUGCCAAGAAGCGCAAGGAGUGACCGCCCAUGGGCUAGACUGAGGACGCUGCUGUGGGCCCUUUCCAACUCGGCCUGAGGAGCAGGUGAGCUCGCCAAGUCCAGCCUGGACGUCUUCUCCAAGAUGCCACCAGAUGCUCAGCCCACCACCUCUCAGGGUCAGACAGGAACACGCCUGCCUCCCUCCGGCCGUCGGCCCUCACCCCGCCACUCUGAGGUUACUUCACACUUUGCCCUCCGCCUGGGGGCGGGGGGGGGGCUCAGCCUCCCCCUUGCUCAGGGCCUGAGGCCCACCAUCCGGCUGCAGAAAUCCAUUGCCAAAGAUUCCACAGAGACGCUGAACAAAAUGGGGUGAUGAAACCCAACAGCGAAAGGCCACACUGUCGCUCUGACCUCUGCCCCUCCUGCAGCCCGAGUCCCAUCUCAAGCCGAGGACGAGUCAGCAGUUCCGCCAGGAACUCAUGGCCGGGAUGGGCACAUGACCUCUGGAAGCCCGUGACCCUGACCCUGCGUGCUCUGCGCUCGCCAUGCACUGGCUGGGUGCAGGAUAAGCCCAGAUGCUGGGAGAGGGAGGCUGGGGGUGCCUGGGGGGGCGGGGGUAGGGCCUGAGAUCCCUGCCCCUCUCUCCCACCCACCAGCUGCCCGGGGACUGGCCUCGAUUCUCAGUGUUCUCUGGGCCCAGGCCCUUGGGCGCUGAGACUCACAGGAAGGGAAAAAGGGCAGAAGAAAGAAAUACCACCUUGUUCCCACCACCCCCAAGGACUUGCCCCAGGGCACUGCCCAAGGGUCCUUGCUCCUCCAGGCACCACUCCUCCCCAGUGCCCACUCUCAUGGCUGGGCAACCAGAUGGCGCCCCGCGUGGAGGCCAGCAUCUGCCACAGGUUGCUCGGGAGGGGCAGAGGGAGGAGGGGACAGGGCAUGGGCCAGUAUGUGGGAGGCGGAUGUUCAAAGCCAAGGCCUGCUCCUUCCUUGUGCUCAGAAGGCCAGAGCUGUUCACAUCUGUGCUCAACCAUCUGCUUCAAAUUGAAGUAAAAGCCCCAACAUGUAAAGAAAAUA